AGGAAGGACGAAGAGAUUCACCAAAAGUUAGUCUUCGUUUUCAAGUGCAGAGCGGAAGAUAGAUGGAGACAGCUUUUGGGCUGUUCAAUCGCAGGAAUAAUGUCUGAUUGUCGCUGCUGGUGAUGUUUGCCUUCUGGACAGCUUCGGAGAGUGCUCCUUAUUAAUGGAUACCGAUCAAUUCGAUUUUCUUUGCCGAUGAUGGCGGCUGAAGUGUUGUAAUGGACGUGUAGAUAAACUGGAGCAACCCACCUCCCGAGUGUUAUCAGAUCCCUUGAUUCUCUCGCUGGAAUUCCGCGGAGGACUGCCUUCUGGCCUCCUAGAGGCCCAUUGCCGUACGUGCCAAUCUCGGAUCGCGAGUGAUAAUCUUCCAUUUAAAUUUUGCGGUCAAUCUUCGAGCUGUGAAGAAAACAGAAAAUGUUCAAUCAAUCUCAGGGCCUAUAUUUUUCGAAUGAUUUCAAAUAGUGAUCUAAAGCAGUGUGGUUCCAUUGGACGAAAGGAGCGAAAUAUAGAAUACUAAGCAUAUUUUGAUGAUAGUGUGUUAUGCAUUGUGACAAGAAAAUGGUGACGAAGCUCUGAAAAACUCCCGAGUGUGAAAACCAUUCAAACACACGAAGGGAAGUCCCCAAUAACCAAACACAGAAAAGGCUACACAGCACGGACGGAGCUAGAGCGAAGAAAAGUUGACAGAUUGCGAGUGUGAACGAGCGCUUUCGCGCCGGUGUUAGUGAAUAGGGCGUAUGCGUGUAUCGGUGAAUUAGGGCUCUUUGUACACAGCAGUAGCCAGAGUGCGCUGGGGAGAAUCGAUUUUUCCCUCGACGGACGUGACGACGGUGUUGGGUCUAUCUCUCUUGGUGUCCCCUUCGUAUAUGGAUACGGCUACGGCUUUGGUGGAUUGAGUCGCCCUUCCAUAUAGAUGGGGGAAACUCACUGUUGGAUGAUCCGACCGAGUCAGGAGCAGCGGAGGUAGUAGUCAAUGGCAGGAAGUGUGAAACGGAAAUACACCACCAGUCGGCAGUCGGUGGCACAGCCAGUGUAAGGAAAUAUAAUUCGUCAAUCGGACACGUACGCAUACCCCUACAAUAUUGAGGAGUGUUACAUCCAGAUGGGAAGCUUCCCCCUAUCCCCUCGACAACGACAUCGAUUCCCCAACGUCUGUGUCAUGUAGAUUAAUGGAGGAUAGCUCACGCAUUCGCAUUUUCCCCAUAUAGUGUCAUUAGUCGAUCGUCGCCCCAAAAAGUGGCAAUGGGAAUCGAAUUACCCACUUAGAAACACCCCAUCGUCAUAUGCGUUGUAACUGCAGACAUCAGCAAUCUUUUCGGGUUUUGCCGUUCCUUAUGCUUUCGCACAAAUCGCGCAGAACAGUGUAGAAUCAAGUAGCAGCAGUCAAAAUAAUCAAUUAAUUGAUAAUGUCCUCUACCAGUGGAAAUUAAAGCCGCACAGCAACGCGAGCCACCACACGGUCAGCCUGAGAGGCGAGAGUGAACCAACGUACGAUCAGAAAAUGUAUAUCAAAAGAGGAGUAAUAACAAUAAUAAGAUAGCGCUAAGAUACUUCAAUCGGACCUUCCACGGCAGACGCGGGAAGGGGGGAAAAAGGCAACCGACACUCUCGCACUGCACACACGCAGAGAAAACCACACACGCAUACACGGUUGAUAUAUCGCACUGGAGCACAACAAAUUAAAGGUAUUAUACGAAAACAAACAUCCAAAAGAACAAGACCCACAAGGAGAGAACGAGAGACUUACAUACUUCGGAAUCCCACACACAUUCUCAUUCCGGCUGCUUCUUGCUGCUUCGGACCGUCUCGGUUUCGCAGUUCGCGGGUCAAAUCCUGGCUCGUCCCACACGGCGCGACGACGAGCAGAUCAUGUACGUGAUCAACCCAGCGAACAGCGGCAAGGACAUCCCGAACAGCUACCCGACGAACGCUGGAAGUAACUCGAAUAGCAGCAGUGGCAGCGGUAGCAGCACUGUCGUUGGCACUCAGGAGAUUAUCAGCAAAAUUUUGACAAAAUGUGCCACGAUGACAGAUGCUGAAUCGAGCAGCACCGUCAAUGGAACAGCGACCAUACUACUGUCCCCGUCCGGGGCCGUUCGGCGAAACCAACCGUCGGCAGCGACGGCGGGGGGCCUAGUGGGCGUUUCGCCCCAAUCUUCGCCUGCGUCAUCUUCGUCGUCCGCUUCGUCGCCGACCGCCGACGGGCCGUAUCCGCACAGCGGCUUCCAGACUGCUGCCGGCAAGGAUAAAGCCAAACCCGGUGGCACGGGGUCAUCCGGUAGUGCGGGGGGAACGAAUGGUUCCGCAGGGAAACAUGGAGACAGCAGUGCUGCUGGAAACGGAACAGUGACCGGCAAGAUCAACGGCAAUGGUACACAUUCGGGGUCGAUCAGUGCACCCGGCGGGAGAUUGCAGUUCUUCAAAGGUGAGUUGUUUCUUCUUUGUAAAUUGCCACAUAACUGGACGAACAUGUGCACAUGUUAA